UCGUUGGUAGCUCAAGACGAAGAUUCGGUGUGAAGAUUGUACUAGCUAGAGGACUAUCGGAUGUUGAGGGGUUUAUCUUCGAUAUCUCAUGAGUGACGGAGUUGAUUCAAGAAGAAACAUGGAAGGUGGAGGUGGUGGCGGUUUGCCGCCAGACAAUCGGAAGUGUUAUGAAUGCGGCGAAGGUGGUCUUCAUACGUGACUGUGCUGAGUUUUGGCAGGUGAAAGCUCUCGGGCGUGCCUUCGUUCCGUCUGCACAAACGGUUAACCCGACUCGCACGGGUAGACCCGCGGUGACUAGUACAAGUAUUGCUGCUCAGAGGAGCCGGUCGGCUGAAUGUGGGAGUGAGAGGGGCGAGACGGGAGACGAUACGAAUGCGCUCAUGAGCGAAUACUUUCUGCAAAUGGCGGAGGAACGUAGAAACCGUGUUGAGCGUGAAGCCGAGGAGGAAAGACGUCGUAAAGACGAAGAACUCAGGCAAGAGCGAGAGAACAAAAGGUUGCUUUGCCAGGAGGAAAGACAAAGGCUAGAAGCGGAGCGUGAUGCGCGUUUGCUACGGAUUAUUCGUAGUGAAAUGCGCAAGGACCGGGACGAAGAGAGGGAAAGUCCACCUAUAGUCACAACGGAGAAGAAGUCAAAUAUGAAGUUGUCGGGGGAGUCCAUGGCGCGAAUUGAGUUGUUGAAAAGUGAGCUAGGCGCAGAUGCCGGGACUUCGUGUACGCCAAAGAAGAUUGAUCUUUCACUCAAACAUAUCAUGGCGUCGUGCGGCCCAGGAGGAAAGGAGAAAUUUGAGAAGGAAUGUUCGGACUUCUAUGAUGCGUUGACCACUGAGGAACUCAAGGAGGCUUGCCGGCACGAGAAAGUUGCCUAUGGAAACCGCGAGCUGGCCAUAAAGCGUUUGGUGAUUCGGCGAUCGUCGGUCGCCUACGAUCCUUCGGUUAUUCCGCUUCCACUCCAUGGAUGUAGACAAGGGGCGCUAAAGGCAUCACGAUCAAGGAAGUCAAGGAAGAAAGGGGGUCGGAUCAUUCUGACUCCGGGCAAUCGUACUCUGACGAGGAAUCUGAGCGAGGUGCUGGUCGUUGCGACGACUAUUUGGAGGUGGUCGAACGGCUUUGUGAUCGUGGACUACAUAAUAAGGAUCCAAGGCGAGAACGAUGAUUUCCAAGGCCGUCCGUGAUAAUUUUGGAGUAAACAUCCGAACGAGAAUCAUUGUGAAGACUCAGUAUGAUGAGUGAAGGAAAUGAUAAAGCGUAGAGCACGUG